UAGUUUACUGUAAAGUAAUUUCCAAAUGAAAUCAAUUACAAAAUAAUUCUUAACAGUCGUAAAUUAUAAAAUAACCUCUAAAAUGGAUUCUCCUGUAUCGGCUUUUGCAAUGUAUAACAAAAAUAAUAAAAAGAAACCUAGUCCUGUUGAAAAGAAGAAAACCAAUCGUAAGAAUAAGAAAAAUGUGAUCGUUUCACCGAAGGCUUCUUCUAAAAAUAUACCAGACAGUCUUAUGAUUGAAGUAGCGCAGAAAGUGAAAAGACAACAAAAGAGAAUGAAAGAGCAGAAAAAUAUAGUGAAGAAAAAAUCCCAUAAGAAGAAGAAGUCUAAGAAAUCUAAAGAAAAUAAGGUAACUAAGAAUAAUAGUAUUGUCAGUAAAAGAACGCAAGAAGAUUCGGAGAGUGAAGACAUUCCUACAUUGGUACCUGCUCCCAUCCACAACUUUGCACAAUACUAUGAAAAUGGUGCGUCUGCCGAUGAGACAUGUUCGCACUCCAGUGAAGGCUACUUGGAAUUCACACCAGUACAAACGGACAGCGUAGAAGAGGGACUAAAAGUAUUCAAAUGGAUGAUUGCACCAUACAACCCAAAAGAAUUUCUGGACAGAGUUUGGGAAAAGAAGCCACUACAUAUAGCAAGAAAUAAAUCGUCAUAUUACAAAGAAAUCAUUUCAACGCCAAUCAUAGAUAAUAUGCUCAGGAAUGAAUCUAUACAAUUUACCAAAAAUAUUGAUGUCACUUCUUAUGUUGAUGAGAAGAGAGAGACCCACAAUCCUGAGGGAAGAGCUCACCCCCAUUUAGUGUGGGAUUUCUAUCUAAAUGGCUGCAGUAUUAGAUUGUUAAACCCCCAAACUUAUAUCCCAAAACUGCACUUGCUUAAUGCUACAAUGCAAGAGUACUUUAAUUCAUUUGUUGGUGCGAAUGCUUACUUGACACCCCCAGACAGUCAAGGGUUUGCUCCACACUAUGAUGAUAUUGAAGCAUUCAUCCUUCAAGCAGAAGGUAAGAAGCACUGGCGAGUUUACAAGCCUAGAAGUGAAAACGAAGUUUUGCCAAGAGUAUCAUCGAAGAACUUCGAUCAAAAUGAAAUAGGAGAACCAAUUCUAGAAGUCACACUAGAGGCAGGUGAUAUGCUCUACUUUCCACGGGGAUACAUUCAUCAGGGAGUAACAAUUGAAGGCGAGCAUUCUCUACAUGUCACUGUCAGUAUGUACCAAAAGCACUCAUGGGCAGACUUAUUUGAAAGACUCAUUCCAGGAGCUCUAGAACUUGCUAUUAAUGAAAAUGUAGAGCUAAGAAGAGGUUUACCAUUAGAUCUAUAUGAGAACUUUGGUUUUGUCAACUCUAAUAACAAAACACCACGAAGGAAACAAAUAGAGGACUUAAUAAAGACUCUGUUUGAUAAAAUCAAAGAUCACUUGCCAAUUGAUGAGGCUGUAGACCAAAUGAAUAAAAACUUUCAGUAUGAUGCCUUACCUCCAGUAUUAAGCGAUUUGGAAAAAGCUGUCACAGUGUUUGGCGACUCCGAUGUCAUGAUUGAGGAUGGUGUAGUAACAAAUAGAAUUGAAAUUGGGUUAGAUACAAAAAUCAGGCUCCUGAGAAAGAAUAUACUGAGAAUGAUAGAAGAAGAAGAAAGUAUCCGACUGUAUUACUAUGUUGAGAAUUCUUUGGAGUAUCAUGGAAAUGAGUUGUCAUUUAUAGAAAUUGAGGAAGAGCUAGCUCCAGCGAUAGGAACCUUGAUUGAAUCUUACCCAGACUAUGUGAGUGUAGAAAACUUGGAGGCUCCCAGUGAAGCUGAUAGGCUCCAAGUGGCAGAUGCUUUGUGGUCUCGAGGACUAAUUAUGACGGAAUACCCUUUGGAUAAUAUUGAAGAUGAUUAAAAUCAGCAUGAAACUUUGUUGCCAAUAAAUAUGUUAUAAAUUA